GGUCGUCCCGCCCCCGCUCGCGUCUUCUUCAAGAUGGCGAGCAGCGGCGGCGGAGGGGUGUCGGUAUCUGCGCUCUGGAGUGAAGUGAACCGUUAUGGCCAGAACGGCGACUUCACGCGCGCUCUCAAGACUGUCAACAAGCUACUGCAGAUUAACAAGGAUGAUGUAACUGCCCUACAUUGUAAAGUGGUAUGCCUUAUCCAGAAUGGAAGCUUCAAGGAAGCCUUGAAUGUCAUCAAUACUCACACCAAAGUGUUAGCCAAUAACUCUCUUUCCUUUGAGAAGGCAUAUUGCGAGUACAGGCUGAACAGAAUUGAGAAUGCCUUGAAAACAAUAGAAAGUGCCAAUCAGCAGACAGACAAACUAAAGGAGCUUUAUGGACAAGUGUUGUACCGGUUAGAACGCUAUGAUGAAUGCUUAGGUGUAUAUAGAGAUCUCGUCCGGAACUCCCAAGAUGAUUAUGACGAGGAGAGAAAAACAAACCUUUCAGCAGUUGUUGCUGCUCAAAGCAACUGGGAAAAAGUGGUUCCAGAGAACUUGGGCCUCCAAGAAGGCACACAUGAGCUGUGCUACAAUGCUGCAUGUGCACUGAUAGGACAAGGCCAGCUGAACCAGGCAAUGAAAAUCCUACAAAAAGCUGAAGAUCUUUGCCGUUGCUCAUUAUCAGAAGAUUCUGAUGGUACUGAGGAAGACCCACAGACAGAGCUGGCCAUCAUUCAUGGGCAGAUGGCCUAUAUUAUGCAGCUUCAGGGUCGUACAGAGGAGGCUUUGCAACUUUACAAUCAGAUAAUAAAACUAAAGCCAACAGAUGUGGGAUUGCUAGCUGUGAUUGCAAAUAACAUCAUUACCAUUAACAAGGACCAAAAUGUCUUUGACUCCAAGAAGAAGGUGAAAUUAACCAAUGCGGAAGGGGUAGAGUUUAAGCUUUCCAAGAAACAACUGCAAGCUAUAGAAUUUAACAAAGCUUUACUUGCUAUGUACACAAACCAGGCAGAACAGUGCCGCAAAAUAUCUGCCACUUUGCAGUCCCAAAGUCCUGAGCAUCUCCUGCCUGUGUUAAUCCAAGCUGCCCAGCUCUGCCGUGAAAAACAGCACACCAAAGCAAUAGAGCUGCUUCAGGAAUUUUCAGAUCAGCAUCCAGAAAAUGCAGCUGAUACUAAGUUGACCAUGGCACAGCUAAAAAUUUCCCAAGGUAAUAUAUCCAAAGCAUGUCUAAUAUUGAGAAGCAUAGAGGGGUUAAAGCAUAAACCAGGCAUGGUGUCCGCAUUAGUGACCAUGUAUAGCCAUGAAGAAGAUAUUGAUAGUGCCAUUGAUGUCUUCACACAAGCUAUCCAGUGGUAUCAAAACCAUCAGCCCAAAUCUCCUGCUCAUUUGUCCUUGGUGAGAGAAGCUGCAAACUUCAAACUCAAAUAUGGGCGGAAGAAGGAGGCAAUUAGUGACCUGGAACAACUAUGGAAACAGAAUCCAAAAGAUAUUCAUACCCUGGCACAGCUUAUUUCUGCCUACUCACUUGUAGAUCCUGAGAAAGCAAAAGCUCUUAGUAAACACUUGCCCUCGUCAGAUAGUAUGUCUCUAAAAGUAGAUGUUGAGGCUCUUGAAAAUUCUCCUGGUGCUACAUAUAUCCGGAAGAAGGGUGGAAAAGUUGCUGGAGAUAGUCAGCCAAAGGAGCAAGGACAGGGAGAUUUGAAGAAGAAGAAGAAGAAGAAAAAGGGAAAACUGCCUAAGAAUUAUGACCCAAAAGUGACCCCAGAUCCAGAAAGAUGGCUACCAAUGCGAGAACGUUCUUACUACCGGGGAAGAAAGAAGGGUAAAAAGAAAGAUCAGAUUGGAAAAGGGACCCAGGGAGCAACUGCAGGAGCUUCAUCUGAACUGGAUGCCAGUAAAACCGUGAGCAGCCCCCCAACUUCCCCAAGGCCUGGGAGUACAGCAGCAUCUGUGUCUACAAGUCACAUUGUAGCCCCACGACACCAGAAGCCUGCAGGGGCUCCAGCAGCUAAAAAGAAACAGCAGCAGAAAAAGAAGAAAGGGGGAAAAGGUGGCUGGUGAUCAGAACAUUCUUGUUGCAGGCCUUUUUUAAACUAGUCCCACUGACAGUAGGAACAUAAUCAAGGUAACACAGAAAGAAGCACAGAACUGCUCCCUCUCCCACACCCACAUUUUCAUAGAAUUUUCCUUGUGCAUCAAGCAGGAAAACGUCUUCCUCAGACUGCCCAGUCAGACUUGGCCUACUUGCACCACCUAGCUUUUGCACAGAUGAUAAGGACUCAGAAUAAUUGAGCAUUUACACACCUUGGUAUGUGUUGCAUCCUCUCUGUGUGCUCAUCUGGUGUUUUUUCAGUUUUACAAACAAGGCAUGUUAUCCAAAGUUUCCUAGGGAUUAAACAGAAACUACUUCCACUGUUUCAGUUAGAGUCUGAAGAUACUUAUUCCUGUCAAAUCCUACUUCAAAUUAUGCCUUAGGAAGCCUUGGGAGACUGAAAGUGGAAUUUUCUGAGCAUUCCAAAUAUCUGCUUAGAAAUAUCAUGUGAUAAAAAGGGACCUUAUUAAAACACUAGUGUUCUUCACUUCAUUAUAUAAGUGGCCACAGGAAAACUAAAAUUAAUGUCUUGAUCAAUUUUGACCAUAAAUUCUCUGUCAUAUGAUACUGAAAUAUGGGAUACUAUAAUAGAGUAGUGAAAAGUAUGUAUAUGUGUUUAUAUACAUACAGGCACACCUAAAUACAUAUAUAUAAAUUAGGACUCCUUUGUGCCCCAUAUCAUUUUCAGAUUAUGAUAAUAUAAUCUGAGUAAGUACCAUACUGAUUAUGCACCAUUAAAGAACUCAAGAAAAACACAUCAAUGUUGUAAGUAGUUGACUCUUAGCCCCAGUAUUCUGAGGUCAAAUGGGUUUGGACUGUCUUCAGAAAGAUUUAGCAGUACCUAUCGAGUAUGAACACUGACUUUCUACAUAGGAAAUCAGUACCAGAGUUCAGUAGCAGGCAGUAUUACAGGUUAACAGAACUAUUUGGCCUGGUUAAUAUAUACUCAGAUGGCUCCUCUUUCUAGUUAGGGCUAUUACCAUUCAUCACCCUUCUCAAAGUAAUGAAGUAUUGUACAGUCAGCUGUGGUGUCCAUGUUGCUCUGGUCUUUUCCUUGCUUACAGGCCACUUUCACAUUGAACAUUUGUGAGGCAGAUGCACUGGGAUGCCUACCCUUGUUAGUAUUCAUUUUAUGCUGCCCAAGAUAGCAUUUAAUUUAGACUUAAACAUAUUUUCUUGUGAUCAUAUUACUCUGUCCGUGUUAAUAAAGUGCUGCUGUGUUUGACUCUGAA